AUGGCAUCAUCCACAGAGAAAGAGACCCUCCAAAAUGCAGCUGGCCAACUCCGCCUCGUCAAUCACUUCAAGGCUCACUCGCCAGAUAACCAACCAGCAGGAUGGUCCAAUCUGUGGGACACAGAUAGCAGCAAUCUCUGGGAUAGAGGCAUGCCCUCGCCUGCACUGAUUGAUUUCAUAGAGGAGAGAGUUAACCUGCUUACGAAGGACGGGAGGAGGAAAAAGGCACUUGUUCCUGGCUGCGGAAAAGGCUACGAUGUAGUCAUGCUCGCGCUCCAUGGCUUCGAUGUCUUCGGACUCGAAGUAUCAGAAACAGGUGCUUCUGUCGCGAGGGAGUAUGCACAGAGUGAAUUGCAAAGUCCGCAGGACUACAACUUCGGUUCCCACUUUAGGGAAAGCCCAGGAGUAGGGAAGGGCGAAGUGACCAUUCUCCAGGGAGACUUUUUCAAAAGGGACUGGGAGAGCGAGAUGCAGUUUGAUUUGAUUUAUGACUAUACGUUCCUUUGUGCGCUUCAUCCGAAUGUACGUCGUCAGUGGGCUGGGAGGAUGGCUGAUUUACUUGCUCCGAAUGGGCAGCUUGUUUGUCUUGAGUUUCCGUUGUUUAAGGAUCCGAAGAUGCCUGGUCCGCCUUGGGGGUUGAGGGGGGUGCAUUGGGAUUUGUUAGCGGAGGGUGGGGAUGGAAUUGUUGGUGGAGAUGUUGGUGAGGAUGUGAAGGGUGAGGAGAAGGGCGUGUUUGAGCGGUUGUUGUAUCUGAAGCCAGAGAGGUCGUAUGCGAAUGGGAAGGGGACGGAUAUGUUGAGUGUGUGGAUUAAGAAAUCUACCUAG